CAGAAGACUCCAUUACCCAGCAAGCACUGCGCCCCAAUUAGAAGCGUCAACGAUCCAGUGAACACAGCGGAGCAGACCAAAAUCCCAAACAAGGAAAUGUCGUCUUUAUGGGUUAACAUGGAUUACGACUUCAAAACAAAGCUGGCAGCCGAGCGGGAGAGAGUAGAAGAUCUGUUCGAAUAUGAAGGUUGCAAAGUGGGUCGAGGCACCUACGGACACGUUUAUAAAGCUAAGCGCAAAGACAGGAAAGAUGAGAAGGAGUAUGCACUGAAACAAAUAGAGGGCACUGGAAUAUCGAUGUCUGCCUGCAGGGAAAUCGCUCUGUUACGAGAACUGAAGCAUUCCAACGUGAUUGCUCUUCAGAAGGUCUUCCUGUCCCACAGCGACAGGAAGGUGUGGCUCCUCUUUGAUUACGCUGAACACGAUCUGUGGCACAUCAUUAAAUUUCACCGUGCCUCCAAGGCCAACAAGAAGCCCGUGCAGCUGCCUCGAGGCAUGGUGAAGUCUCUGCUGUACCAGAUCCUGGACGGCAUCCAUUACCUUCAUGCCAACUGGGUGCUCCACAGGGACCUGAAACCAGCGAACAUCCUGGUGAUGGGCGAAGGUCCGGAACGGGGAAGAGUUAAAAUUGCUGACAUGGGCUUUGCCAGACUGUUCAACUCCCCCCUGAAGCCGCUGGCAGACCUUGAUCCUGUGGUGGUGACAUUCUGGUACCGGGCUCCUGAGCUGCUACUUGGGGCCCGGCACUACACCAAAGCUAUAGAUAUUUGGGCAAUUGGCUGCAUCUUUGCAGAGCUCCUAACAUCAGAGCCCAUCUUUCACUGUCGCCAGGAGGACAUCAAGACCAGUAACCCCUUCCAUCAUGACCAGUUAGACCGAAUAUUCAGCGUCAUGGGUUUUCCUGCAGACAAAGACUGGGAGGACAUAAGGAAGAUGCCCGAGUACCCCACCCUGCAAAAAGACUUCAGGAGGACAACGUAUGCAAACAGCAGCUUGAUCAAGUACAUGGAGAAGCACAAAGUCAAGCCUGACAGCAAAGUUUUUCUGUUGCUUCAGAAACUCCUCACCAUGGACCCGACAAAGAGAAUCACCUCAGAACAGGCAUUGCAGGACCUCUACUUCCUGGAAGAGCCCCUACCAACCACAGAUGUGUUUGCUGGCUGUCAGAUCCCCUACCCGAAGAGAGAGUUUCUUAAUGAAGACGAGCCGGAGGAGAAGACAGAAAAGGGCUGGAGGACCCGUGAAAGCACCAGACACAGUAAGACGCUUUAAAGUUUUUAUUUGAGAACACACAGGGGAGUGUUACCAGUCUGUAGGAAGGGCAGAAGCAGAAGGCUUGGUCAGGAGGGGAAAUCCAGAGGCAGAGUCCAUGUAACAGAUCCAAGGUCAGGAGUCCAGAAGAUCAGAAACUAUGAGAUAAUCCAGUCAGGGAGCAGGCAGGUGGCAAGGUCGAGGUUCAGAAGCAAGGUCAGGAACUGGAGGUGUAGGCAGGGUUUUAGAAUGCUGGAGAAUCUACUAGCAAAUGCUCUCAAAAAUCUGGCACUGGCUUGGUGUUUUUCCCUGAUGUUAUAUAGAGGUGGUUGCAGGUGGAGCUGAUGAGUUAAUGUGAGACCCGUGGUUUGAAUCAGGUAGAUGAUGAGCUGGUUGUGGUUGCUGGGGAAACCGGGCCUGGCUGGAGCGGUGGCCUGACAUUCUGCUCUCCCCACCUAUUCCACCUUCCUCAGGAUCCACUGAUUUCCCUCUUUCCUGUUCACUCGCUCUCUUUCUUAACAUUUUUAAUCACAAUUGCCUAUUUUUGCUCAUUUUAAAUAUAUUUUUAAACAUUUUCUAAAUUCUUUUUUAUUAUUUUUACAUUUUUUGUUUUUGUGAAGCGCCUCGUGUGAUUUUUAUCUUGAGAGGCGCUAUAGAAAUGAUACUUUCUUCUUCUUCUUCUUCUUCUUCUUCUUCUUCUAGUGUGUAAACAAUGAACAGGAAAUAAUCUAGCACAGUUAGCUUAUGUUGUUCAAUGUAAAUGUCAUUUUCCACAGCAUCAAUUGAAUUAGGGACACCUCGCUGGCAUGGCCCCCAAAUGCUUUGAUACGGCCCUGGGUGGGUCGGAGUUUUAAAGGUGAUCUGAAUUGUAUGGAAUAUAUGAAUAUUAUGAGCUCACAAAUGAUAUUUACUUUAUAACGUUAAAACAUGUAAUGGGAUAAAUAAAUCCACCUACGUUGUCCUGUCUGUCUCUGGUCCUGCAUCUGCCUGGCCGCGGCCGUGGAGCACGGAUGAUGAGCGCAGCAGAGAUGCACGUCAGCCACCAACAAAAGACAGAAAGUACCGAAGCAGUUAUGAAUGAUCGUGUGUUAAACAUAUUUUGGUGGCGCCGCUUUGAGGAUGUUACUGUGGCCGAGCGCAAGAGGCUGAUGCUGAUGGAGCGCAUGAGCGCUCUGCCUCGGUUCAUCUUCUCCGCUCAGAAGAAUCCUCGAUGCUGAGUCCAUAAUAUGGGUAGAAACCAUCUUGUUUCAGGCUCAGUAAAUGAUGGUUAGCAAUAUUGUCCAGGAGGAAAUAUGGAGCCAUUUUGGAGAAUGGUGGCUCCGGGUUGGAGAGAUGGUCAAAUUAAUUGCGUCAUUUACUUUUAACACGUUAAAAUAACAAAAUUAACGCUAAUAAUUAAUGCGCUAAUUUUCCUGGCCCUAUUAUUAACCAAUCCUGGUUCUCAAGAUCUCCUAUCCAGCUUGUUUUAUAUCUCACCCUGCUGAUUCAGUGGCUACUACUACUACUACUCAGGCUCCGCAGAACACCACUAAUCACCACUGAUUCAAAUCAGGCGUGUGGAAACAGGGAAACUUCUAUAAGGCCUAGUCCACACGUAGCUGGUUUUUUUUAAAAACGAAUAUCCGCCCCUCCAGAAACUUGCAUCCACACCACCUCGUUUUAAAAACAAACUCUGUCCACACGUACCCGGAUAAAUACGUUGUUAAGGACAUGCCAGACCUAUAGGCGGCAGUACUUCCCCCGUUCUUAACCUCGUCCUUCGUCUGUGGUCUUCCGCAAGGAGCAGUAAUUCCUCUUGCAAAAACAAACAAGCAGAAAGCGCUUGGACUAUUGAUAAAGCGAGCGCAGCUCUGAGGGCAUCCAUGCUGUCGGCUAGUGUAAACACAGGUCGCACACGUGAUGUCAGCAUUUUUUGUCGCGGAAAGUGACGUUGCGGACCUUAAAACUCCGGUUUUGUCCGUCCACACGCAGACACCCAAAACGGAGAAAACGCAGAUCUUCACUUUGGCCGGAGUUUUUAAAAAGAUCCAUUUUCGUGUGAAAAACUCCGUUUUCGUGUGGAUGACAGGCCAAAACGUAGAAAAAUAUCUACGUUUUGGCAGAUCCCCGGCUACGUGUGGACAGGGCCUAAGAUGCUGGGUAGGAGAUCUCGAGGACCAGGAUUGGACACGGAAAAAAUUUUUGUGAAUUAAUUUGCAAUUAGAUUAUUUUCCUAAAUCGUUCAGCCCCAGUCAUGAUCACGUGUGGAAUGUCCGCCGGGCUCCGGCUGCUGACGAUACUCAGUUAUUUUUAUCCACUAACCCUGAUGAACCUGAUCGGUUAGUUAGAGAACAGGCUUGUUGGCUGACUGAACUUUCUGCUUUUUGAUUGAGAACUUAAACUUUCAAACUUGGGUCAGACCCAAACGUGGACGUUCUGAGGCUGAAUGAUGAAGGUGUACAGUUAGCUUUAGUAACACUUGAGUGCCCAUGAUGUAUCCUGACAGAAUCUGUGUUACAGCGGAACAAAGGAAAGGACGAGGAACACUAGCUGGUCCCAGGAUGAUGACAGCAUAAUCAUCUAGGACGGGGUUAUUCAGUUCUGGGCCUCGAUCCAGCAUGUUGUGGUUUUAACUCUGUUUCAACACACCUGAUUUUAAUCAGCAGGCUUCUGCAGAGCCUGAUGAGCUGCUGCACAGGUGAUCCAACCACUGAGUCAGGUGUGUUGGAGCAGAGGAACCACUAAACAUGCCCUCCAGGCCUGGAAUUGAAUACCCCUGAUCUUGGAAGAUAGAAGAGGAGUUGAUGGGAAAUGAGUGGACUGAGGUUGGAGUGGUGAAAAGGUGAGCGGAUCCUCCUCAGAACACUCUGGGUCUGCAGUACACCAUUGGUCACGUCUUCCUCUGUCCUCACUGGCUGUGAUGCACUUGGAUGUAAUCAUCCGCCCUCUGUUUUAACGAAGGUCACAGCUGCUCCUAAACAUUGUGCUCUAGUUACGCGAUGCAGGGGCUUUAGCACACCAGACAGGUGUGGACACCUGUUGGUGUGAAACAGCAGAUGCAAUGAUGAUCGGUUCCCUUCAGCAGUGCUGAUUCUGAGGACUGUGCAGCCCAUAAUAGUCUGUCUCUUAGCAUCCCGCUCAGUUAUUUUUACGGUGGAAUAAAUCACUAAAUGGAUUCAGCUGUGACUUUGCCUGAGGCAGGGACACACUGUCCAUGUGGGGACGACGCUGACCUUCAUGGGUUCUGUCUCACAUGGUUGCAUUUUCAGCCUGUCGUGACCAUGAGGGGCGACAGUGGCACUGAGGUUAGGGGUUCACACAUAACACAUGGGUUGCUGGUUCAAAUCCAGUCUCCAUCAGUGUUAGUCAGAGGUCGCACUAGACAUUUUUGUUGUCCGUCAGUUUGACCGACAGGGUUUAAAGAACUGUCAUGAUCUUUUUUUCCGUCACUUUCAUUUCUGGAAAAACAAGUUAACAUUCAAUAACGUUUAAUUUUCAUUCAUUUUAGUUCAUAUUUAAUACAAAUGAGCUGACCUGAGUGCCCCAGUAAUGUAUGAACAAUGCAGGAAAAGACGUGAACUGGUCACCUGCUUGUGCGUAGUCAAAUGUCUUAACGGGGCUUCCUGGAGAGGCGGUAAUCAGGAGGUUCUGGACUUUUGCGUCAGCCAGACUUGUGGCUGUUUUAAAGUUGUUCUGGAUGAGUCUGUGCUCCACUGCCACACUGGAUAUGGGAGUAACAAGCGCUACUUCAGCCUAAGUUUUAAAAUCACUUCUGCCACACUGCCAAAUCAGUCAAUCAAAUCAAAGAUACUUUAUUAAUCCCAGAGGGAAAUUAGAGUUUCAGUUCACACAAUUCAGAGAUCACACAUACAUAGGCAAAGACACAUGACAAGAAUUGGUGACUGUGGUCAUUCGCAACCCUGAGUCACGCUGCCUUAAUAGAGAUAAGAGGGUUACAUGAGGAUUGGUUCAGGUGGAGGGAAAAAAGGCACUUCAGAGUUACCCUCCCACCAGGAGGGCAGCUUUGCUCUGAAAAAAAAAAACACCUCAGACAGAGAUGCAACAGACUUCAGACAUUACACAACAUAAGUGUCCACUAGGUGGGGUGGUGGGUUGGGACUAUCCCCACUUCAGCUCCUGCAGCCACGAUAAGCAGCGCAUGUCACCUCAGUGUGGAUAAAGGGGAGGAGCAUUGAGGGUUGGAGAUUUGCAGUGACCCUGGAACGUUUCAUCGGCCUUCCUGCAGUCCCGCCCAGGCUGGGAAAGGAGACAGAGUUGAGUUGCCAUAGCGACGGCACAUUCCACAUAUCUUCUGAGGGGGGGUUUUCGUUGGAGCCUUGCAGGCUCAAGGGCGCCAGAUUCCGAUUAGAAAUUGUUUUGGGGCCAGACAGAGAUAAUUUCCUCUCUGUCUUACAGUUUGUUGUUGAUCCUCACCUCUCCGAAUCCCAAUAGUAAU